AUGGGUUCUACUUCUGGCAACCAAAAUCCUUGGGCACCAUAUAGUAACUAUAAGGAUUGUUCACAAGGAAUUUGUAGCGUCUAUUGUCCACAAUGGUGUUACAUCAUUUUCCCUCCUCCACCUCCUUUUAAUCUUGGUGACGAUGAUUCUAAUACUGAUUUCUCUCCUCUUAUUAUAGCAGUUAUCGGCAUCCUGGCAAGUGCUUUCAUCUUGGUAACUUACUAUACUCUCAUUUCUAAGUAUUGUAAGCGGCGAGGCCAUGGAGAUGGUGCUAUUGAAUUGAAUGAAAAUCAAGAUCAAAUGCCUAAUGAAGCAUGGCAAGGUGUCCCAGCUGGUGGAUUAGAUGAGGCACUUAUAAAGUCUAUCACUAUAUGCAAGUACAAGAAAGGUGAUGGUUUCGUUGAAGGCACAGAUUGCUCAGUUUGUCUCAGUGAAUUUCAAGAAAAUGAAAGCUUAAGGCUUUUGCCGAAGUGUAGCCAUGCAUUUCAUCUCCCUUGCAUUGAUACAUGGCUCAAAUCUCAUGCAAGUUGUCCUCUAUGCCGUGCCAAUAUUGCUCCCACUAAUAUUUUGCCUAGUCAAAUGCCAGCACCUGCUGUGCCAGUCCAAGAAAAUCAGCCAAGUAAUACUAAUGAAUACCAACAUAGGACUAAUGAUGCUGUCUUAGUGAUUCAAGAUUUAGAAGGGAGUGUUCGGCAAGGGGGUGUUGUUAGUCUUGUUAUCGGUGGUGAUACACCCAAGACUCCAGUUAAUCAAGAUCUUGAAAGUAGGCAGAAUGCUAUGGAAUUAGAAAGCAAUCUGAUCCAACCAAUUAGAAGGUCAGUUUCAUUGAAUUUUUCACUAUCUCAAAACCAGAUUUCUAUUUCUGAUAUAUUAGGCAUUAGUGAAGAUGAUGAUGAGGAUAGUGAUGAUUACCAGAAAAAUGGAGGAGGUGGGAUCUUGAAUUUAGUUAGUAGUCCCUUUGGAAUGAAGAGAUCUAUUUCUACAGGAAGAUUUAUGUUCACAAGGUAUGAGAAAGGUAGGAGUUCUAUGAUUCCCAGUUGA